AUGGGGGAUCGCCCAGGUGAAGGGGGUGCCCACAAGAGGCGCCAAGCCCAGCCUGCAGGGCCGGGUGCAUCUGAGCUGAGACCGGAAGGCCCCACCAGCAUGAACAGCCUCAACUACCAGGAUAUUUUCGAAGAAGAUGAGAACUCAGCGUUCACCUGGGAGGUGAAGGCCAACAACCGGUACUACCACUGGCAGUUCAAAGAGAAAGUCUUCCUGUGCUAUCAAAGGAACAAAUAUAAGACCAAUGUCAUUCGCACGGCCAAGUACAACGUCUUCACCUUCCUGCCACUGAACCUGUAUGAGCAGUUCCACCGGGUGUCCAACCUUUACUUCCUCUUCAUCAUCAUCCUGCAGGGCAUCCCCGAGAUCUCCACGCUGCCCUGGUUCACGCUUUUUGCACCGCUGGUCUGCCUGCUGUUCAUCCGUGCUGCCCGGGACCUGGUGGAUGACAUUGGGCGGCACCGGAGCGACACUACCAUCAACAACAGGCCCUGCCAGAUCCUAGUGGGGAAGAGCUUCCUGUGGAGGAAAUGGAAGGACCUGUGUGUGGGAGAUGUGGUCCGCCUGCACAAGGACAGCAUUGUCCCGGCUGACCUGCUGCUGCUUGCCAGCUCUGAGCCCAGCAGCCUGUGCUACGUGGAGACAGCCGACAUCGACGGAGAGACCAACCUGAAGUUCAGGCAGGCGCUGGCCGCCACCCACCAUGAGCUGAACAAUGUAAGGAAAAUGGCGACCUUUCAAGGCAAGGUGGUGUGUGAGAAGCCCAACAGCCGGAUGCACAACUUUGUGGGGUGCCUGGAGUGGAAAGGCAAGAAGCACCCGCUCGACUUCGGCAACAUCCUCCUGCGAGGCUGCAAGAUCCGGAACACGGACACCUGCUACGGGCUGGUCAUCUACGCCGGUUUUGACACAAAGAUCAUGAAGAACUGUGGCAAGAUUCACCUGAAGAGAACCAAGCUGGACUACCUGAUGAACAGGCUGGUGGUCCUGAUCUUCCUGUUCCUGGUGCUCAUCUCCAUAGCCUUGACCCUGGGCUUCAAGUACCAGGCGGGGGAGUUCAAGAGCAAGCACUACUAUGUCUCGUCCAGCUACAAAUACAGCAGCAGCAUGGAGGCCUUCUUCACCUUCUGGGGUUUCCUCAUCCUGCUGAGUGUCAUGGUGCCCAUGGCCAUGUUUAUCAUGGCCGAGUUCAUCUACCUGGGCAACAGCAUCUUCAUCAACUGGGACACGCAGAUGUACUACGCGCCGCUGGACACGCCCGCCAAGGCCCGCAGCACCAGCCUCAACGACCACCUGGGCCAGGUGGAGUACAUCUUCUCGGACAAGACGGGCACACUCACCCAGAACAUCAUGACCUUCAAGAAGUGCUGCAUCAACGGCCGCGUCUACGGGCCAGAAGACGACCUGACGCUGCGUAAAGACAGCCCCUACCAGUGGAACGAGUUUGCGGACGGGAAGCUUCUGUACCACAACUCGGAGCUGCUGGCCACCGUGCGUGCCGGCGAGGACACGGUGGUGCGCGAGUUCUGGCGGCUGUUGGCCUUGUGCCACACCGUCAUGGUGCAGGAGAAGAACAACCAGCUUCUGUAUCAGGCAGCUUCCCCCGACGAGGAGGCGCUGGUCACGGCCGCCCGGAACUUCGGCUACGUGUUCCUGUCGCGCACGCAGGACACCAUCACGCUGACGGAGCUGGGGCAGGAGCGCGUCUACGAGGUGCUGGCGAUGAUGGACUUCAACAGCGACCGCAAGCGGAUGUCGGUGCUGGUCCGCAACCCCGAGGGCACCAUCUGCCUGUACACCAAGGGCGCGGACAUGGUCAUCUUAGAACGGCUGUCCAAGAAGGACUUGACUGAGACCGCCACGGAGCAGGCCUUGGCAAGCUUUGCGGAAGAGACCUUGCGGACCCUGUGUCUGGCCUACAAGGAGGUGAGCACGGACGCAUACGAGGCGUGGAGCCAGCGGCACCAGGAGGCCAGCGUCCUGCUGCAGAACAGGGAGCAGGCGCUGCACCGCGUGUACGAGGAGAUGGAGCAGAACCUCCAGCUGCUAGGAGCCACCGCCAUUGAGGACAGACUGCAGGACGGGGUCCCUGACACCAUCAAGUGCCUGAAGAAAGGAAAUAUCAAAGUGUGGGUGCUGACAGGGGACAAGCAAGAGACGGCUGUGAACAUCGCUUUUGCCUGCCACCUGCUCUCGGAGGACAUGAUCAUUCUGGAAGAGCGGGAGAUCCUCCGCAUGCUAGAGGGCUACUGGGACAGCAACAACAACCUGCAGAAUGGCAAGAGCCGGCCCCUCCCGACGGUGAAGAUGGCCAUGGUCAUCACUGGGGAAUUUCUGGACCAGCUGAUGAUCCCGACCUCCAUGGGGAAGCCCUCCGUCCUGCAGUCGAACAUGCCCACCGACGAGUCCUGGCAGGAGCCUGGCCAGCUGCCGGGCACCUGGCUGAGGCAGUGGCUGUCCCAGAUGUGGGGCCCCUUCCUGCAGCGGUUGGGGAGCACCCCCAUUGGCAGGCACUUUCAGGACUUCAAGCCCCCGGAGAGUCCCGAGAUGAGGCGCGAGCGGGCUUUCGUGAACCUGGCGGUGCGCUGCCAGGCAGUCAUCUGCUGCCGGGUGACGCCCAAGCAGAAGGCCUUGAUCGUGUCGCUCAUCAAGAAGCAUCAGGCCGUGGUGACCUUGGCCAUCGGGGACGGCGCCAACGACGUGAACAUGAUCAAGACGGCGGACAUCGGCGUGGGGCUGGCGGGCCAGGAGGGCAUGCAGGCCGUGCAGAACAGCGACUACGUGCUGGCCCAGUUCUCCUUCCUGCAGCGCCUCCUGCUGGUGCACGGGCGCUGGUCCUACAUGCGCGUCUGCAAGUUCCUUCGCUACUUCAUCUACAAGACCGUGGCCAGCAUGAUGGCCCAGAUCUGGUUCGCUUUCUACAACGGCUUCUCCGCCCAGCCCCUGUAUGAAGGCUGGUUCCUGGCCCUGUUCAACCUGCUGUACUCCACCCUCCCGGUGCUCUACAUCGGGCUCUUCGAGCAGGAUGUGAAUGCCGGGAAGAGCCUGCAGAUGCCAGAGCUAUACAUGGCAGGGCAGAAAGAUGAGCUGUUCAAUUAUGGGGUGUUCUUCCAAGCCCUGGGCCACGGCAUGACCACCUCCCUGGUCAACUUCUUUGUGACCCUGCUGGCCUGCUACGACACAGGAGGGCCCUCCAACCUCAGCGACUACCAGUCGUUUGGCGUCAUUGUGGCCCUGUCAGGCCUGCUGUCCAUCACCUUGGAGGUGAUCCUGAUCAUCAGAUACUGGACUGUGCUGACCGUGCUGGCUAUCUUACUGAGUUUCCUCUGCUACUCCGUCAUGACCUGCGCCAUUCAGAGCCUUUGGCUCUUCCAAACCUCGCCCAAAACUUUCCCAUUCCUGUAUGCUGACCGCAACGUGGUGUCCCAGCCCUUUGCCCUGCUGGUGAUCCUGCUGAACGUGACGUUCAACACCUUGUCCGUUCUGGCCUUUCGUAUCAUCUGGCGGCUUGUCAAGAAGCCACGCCCCAAGGUGGAGGAGGCCCCGAGUGAGGAGAUCAUGGUGGAGCCCAUUUCCUACUUAGAGCGGGGGUCACGCGUCCGGCGCUCUAGCUACGCCUUCUCCCACCGCGAGGGCUACGCAAACCUCAUCACUCAGGGCACCAUCCUGCGGAGGCCGCAAGACACCAACAGCGAGCUGCUGAACCAUGACCAGCCCCCGUCUGAAGAAGAGGUGCCCCCAGGCUUUAAGGACCCAACCUGGCUUUCCCGGAGGCUGUCAUUCCUGGGGAAGAAGAAGUACCCGCGUGUGGAAGAGGUGUCCUCCGAGCAUACGCUCCCUGUGGGUGCAUCCCAGCCCGCCCUCUUUUGUGCCCACCUUCCGCUGGCCAACAAACACACCCAGGACCAAGACACAGUUCCACCAAAGGGGGACAGGGACACGGGACAGCGCAAAGAACCACCAGACAGCACCAAGUCGGCCAUGAAGUACAACGAUGAUUCGACAUAG